AUGGACUACUUGAUACCGAUUGCAACAGCAUGUGCUCUCACAGCCUUUAAGUUGCGUCAUCCAAUAAAGGUGUACCUUGAUCGUAGCACGGAUAUGGUAAUGGUAGGAGGAAGGCAUCCAAUGAAAAUAACCUAUUCUGUGGGUUUUAAAUCCGAUGGAAAGAUUACGGCCUUGUACUUGAAUUUGUUGGUAAAUGCAGGCAUAUCAGAGGAUUAUAGUCCACUUAUUUCACAUGCCAUUAUAACUUGUCUAAAAAAAUACAACUGGGGUGCUCUCGCUUUUGAUAUUAAACUAUGCAAGACGAAUCUUACAAGUAAAUCAUCGAUGCGAGCACCAGGGCAGGUACAGGGAUCUUACAUUGCUGAAGCUAUUAUUGAGCGUGUAGCAUCUUUCCUGUCCUUGGAUGUCGAUGUUGUGAGAAAAAGAAAUUUGCAUACAUAUGAAAGCCUGAAGUUUUUUUAUGGAAGUAGCAGUGGAGAAGCUCCGGAAUAUACUUUACCUGCUAUAGUUGAUGAGUUGUUUACAUCUGCAAGCUACUUCAAUCGUCUUGAAAUGGUAUUGCAUUUCAAUAGUUGCAACAAAUGGAAAAAACGAGGGAUUUCUUGGGUACCAAUUGUAUAUGAAGUGGAACCAAUGCCAACACCAGGGAAAGUAUCCAUUCUAAAUGAUGGUUCAAUUGUUGUUGAAGUCGGAGGAAUUGAAAUAGGCCAGGGACUGUGGACAAAGGUGAAGCAAAUGGCUGCAUUCGGUCUUGAACAGCUAUGGGAUGAAGAGAAAAAAUAUCUUUUGGAUAGGGUUAGAAUCAUUCAAGCAGAUACUCUGAGUUUGGUUCAGGGAGGUUUAACUGCUGGAAGCACCAAAUCUGAAGCAAGCUGCGAAGCAGUUCGUCUAGCAUGCUCUAUUCUAGUCAGCAGAUUAAAGCCUCUUAAGCAAAGUUUGGAAGAGCAAAUGGGAUCAAUUUCAUGGGACACCCUUAUUACCCAGGCAAAUUUGCAAUAUGUGAACUUAUCAGCGAGUACAUUUUGGGUUGCUGACGAUACUUCAUCAUAUCUAAAUUAUGGGGCUGCUAUAAGCGAGGUAGAAAUUGAUGUUCUCACUGGAGCUACUACGAUAUUGAGAGCAGACCUUACAUAUGACUGCGGACAGAGCUUGAGUCCUGCCGUGGAUCUAGGACAGGUUGAAGGGUCUUUUGUUCAAGGAAUUGGAUUUUUUGUCCUAUUGAUUUUGUUCAAUAUAUAA